UUAAAAAAAACACUAGUAAACACUUAAUUAUUAUUAUUAUACUCAUCACUCGCGCGUAUUUCAAUUCAUUCAUUCUCCCACCCAUUUCCUCUUCCUCAAUGGAGAAACAAAACACCGUCGUUUUGUUAAUCACAUUGGUUAUUCUAAUCACCGCCGCAACAACAACCGUAAAAAGCGAGGAUGAAUCAAAAACAAAACUACUAGUGAAAUACUCACACGGAAAGAAGUAUUGUGACAAAGGUUGGGAAUGUAAAGGUUGGUCGAUUUAUUGUUGCAAUUUAACCAUAACUGAUUAUCUUCAAACCUAUCAAUUCGAGAAUCUGUUUUCCAAGCGAAACUCGCCCAUUGCUCAUGCUGUUGGGUUUUGGGAUUAUCACUCUUUUAUAACUGCCGCGGCGGUUUUCGAGCCAUUGGGUUUUGGUACCACUGGGAAUAAGACUUUGAAGAUGAUGGAGAUUGCCGCAUUUCUUGGUCACGUUGGUAGCAAAACCUCUUGUGGAUAUGGAGCGGCAGAUGGAGGACCUUUGGCGUGGGGUCUCUGUUACAAUCACGAAAUGAGUCCUAGCCAGUCAUAUUGUGAUGACUAUUUCAAAUUCACAUACCCCUGUACUCCUGGGGCUGAAUACUAUGGGCGUGGAGCCAUUCCUAUUUACUGGAACUACAAUUACGGAGCUGCUGGGGAAGCUCUGAAAGUGAAUUUACUUGACCAUCCAGAAUACAUAGAGCAGAAUGCAACCCUUGCUUUCCAGGCUGCAAUUUGGAGAUGGAUGACACCAAUCAAAAAGUCACAACCCUCUGCUCAUGAUGCCUUCAUCGGCAAUUGGAAGCCAAGCAAGAAUGACACUAUGGAGAAACGCAUCCGUGGUUUCGGUUCUACAAUGAACAUUCUCUAUGGCGAAGGUGUUUGUGGGAAGGGUGAUGUUGACUCGAUGAACACUAUCAUUUCCCAUUACCUACAUUAUCUCGACCUUCUUGGUGUCGGUCGUGAACAAGCUGGGAGCUAUGAUGUCCUUACAUGUGCGGAGCAGGUUCCUUUCAACCCGAACAAAGCUGCUUCGUCUUAAACUAGAUCAUAUUUAUCAUCGUAUGAUAUUGCUUUGCCUAUACCUUUGAAAAUGCAAUGCUAAUAGGGAAUUUUAAAGCUAUUGACAAGGUUGUCAAAAUCGCAAGUUAACUCGUGGAAUCAUGCAUUUAGUUGACUCGGUUGUAAACUCAAAUUUUAGUAAACUCAUAAAUAUAACCGAGUUUACUCUCGUAAACUCCUAAGAAACUCCCUAAAUUUUGGUAAACUUGCAUGACAAUUUUAAAAGAUUAUUUUAUCUUUUUUUUUUUU